CCUCCACCUGCUGAAGUCAAACUUCAAGUAAAUAUCGAUGGACUGCCAUUGUACAAGAGCUCCUCGACGAGUUUCUGGCCGAUUUUGGGAAUGGUCAUGGGCUGUAGCAUGAAGGAGCCAUUUCUCAUCAGCGUGUACUGUGGCACAGGAAAGCCGCCAGAUUUGCAGGCGUUUUUGGGACCCUUCAUCGAGGAAGUUCAGGAUCUUACUAGAAGUGGAUUGCAUUAUAAAGGACGACACAUCAGUGUAAAGUUGAGUGCUAUCAUAUGUGAUGCUGUUGCACGUAGCUACCUAAAAUGCAUAAAAAGUCAUAAUGGCUAUUAUGGCUGUGAACGAUGCACACAGAAGGGAGUUCACUGUGAAAACAGACUGCUCUUUCUGGACUUGGACUCUGCCCUUCACACGGACGCAAGUUUCCGUGAACAGCUUUGUUCACUCCACCACACCGGUGUGUCACCUUUUCUUGAGCUGGAUAUCGACAUGAUUGCAGUCUUUCCACUGGACUAUAUGCAUCUGCUGUGCUUGGGGGUGAUGAAAAGACUUAUGCAUAUUUGGACAGGAAGAAAAUACGGUAGAGCAAAGCUGACUACUGAACAGCAGUGCAUUCUAAGUGAGAGGCUAAAUUCCUACCGCAAGGAUUUUCCUGCUUCGUUUCAAAGGAAGCCGAGAGGCAUCGAAGAGCUUGACAGGUGGAAAGCCACAGAGUUUCGCACCUUUUUGUUGUACACGGGACCAGUGGCUUUAAAGCAGUUGUUGCCUGACAAGCUUUACCACCAUUUUCUUCUCAUCCAUGUAGCAGCAAGGAUACUAGCUGCACCUAAUUUACACAGGGUGCACAACGAGUAUGCGGACAAGCUGUUACGAUACUUUGUUCAAGAAAUGGGUGUACUUUAUGGCACAACGCACCUUGUCUACAACGUUCAUUCCCUCAUUCAUCUAGCAAGAGACUGUCUAAAUCAUGGCCCCCUUGAUUCCUUCAGCGCUUUUUGCUUUGAAUCGUUCUUAGGGAAGCUAAAAGGAAAGCUGCGAACAACAAGCUGUCCCUUGUCACAGCUGAGCCGACGAGUUUCAGAGGUGAAGCACACAACAGAAUAUGCUACUAGAACUAAAGUGGAAACUGUCAAACAAGGUUUUUCGUACAUCCUGGAAGGCAACACUGUUGUGCGUGUCAGUGAGGUACUAGCAUCACAGGUUCGUGUUACUGUAUUCUCAAACAAGAGAGACUUUUUCACCUACCCCAUGAAAUCAUCUACUAUGAACAUCUUUCGUGUUGAGAACCGAAGCACUAGCUGUGUACGGACCAUGCAGCUGAGUGCCCUCAUGAAGGGAAAGCCGUGUGUGCUUCUCAGUUACAAGUGUGAGCACGUUGCUCUACCCUUGCUGCACUAA